ACACUAGAUGGCAGUAGCUUUAGCUAAUGGCCAUCAGUGAAACCCUCUUUUCGCCCGCGGAUAAACAACGAAGAAAGCAGCAUUCAGUUUAUAUUGACAAUAAUCCUCACCUGUUAUUGUUUUGUGUUAGUCGUGUGUGAUUUAAAGUAAAAUAUGUGAAUAUGGCACCGACUUCCGGAGGGACUUUUUUUUAACGGUCGAACGAGAUGAAGUCAAGAAGCCGGUUGGAGCAUAAUAACGACGUUAAAAUGCGACACCUCGGCUGAAAAUGUGCCAGCGUUAUGAUUAAAUGUCUUCCCGAAGAGGUCCGGGUGAAACUUCGCUCCGGUGUCGCCAUCCCUUCCCUCCAGCAAUGCGUCGAGGAGCUCACCCUCAACAGUAUCGACGCCGGGGCGACAUGUGUGGGCGUCCGGAUGGACAUGGAGGCGUUCAAAGUCCAGGUGAUCGACAACGGCGUGGGAAUAAACGCAGAAGACAUGUCCUGUGUGGGGAACAGAUACUACACCAGCAAAUGUAACUCACUGGGUGACCUCGACAACCUCCGUUUUUAUGGCUUCAGAGGUGAGGCCAUUGCGAGUAUUGUUUCUUUAGCCACUCUUGUUGAAGUCUCAUCCCGGCCUAAAAACACAAGCAGGACCUUAGUGAAAAUAUUCAAAUCUGGAAAAGCGAUGGAGGUUUUUGAAAAGGACUCAUGUCGACCUUCUGCUGGUACCACUGUUGUCAUUUGCAACUUCUUCCACAACAUGCCAGUACGCAGGAAGAGGAUGGACCCCAUCCUGGAGGGUGAGAGGAUCAGACACAGAGUGGAGGCCAUCUCUUUAAUGCACCCCGGUGUGUCCUUCACCCUGAAGAAUGACUGCACAGGAGUCAUGUUGGUGCAGCUUCCUAAAGCCAGAGAUACGUACCACAGGUUCAUCCAAAUACACACCCUAGCCCGGGCUCAGAAACUGGUAGAAAUCCAUUACACCCAUGCGCAGUUUGAGGUGAUUGGUUACCUUGGCAGGGACGCCCACUACAACAACAGCUUGCAGUUCUUGUAUGUAAACGACAGGCUGCUUUUAAAGACACGUAUACACAAGCUUCUAAACUCCCUUCUACGCAGGCUCAGCAGUCCAAAUCAGAAGAAUGAAAGCCCGGAGAAAGUCUCAGCUAUCAGGAGCCCAAAGCAGAAACGCAGCCAAGAUCUGCACGGAAUAUACAUCAUUAAUAUUAAAUGUACCUAUUCGGAGUAUGAUAUUAGCCUUGAGCCUGCCAAAACUCUAAUCGAGUUCAAAGACUGGGAUGGUGUUUUGCUGUGCAUAGAGGAGGCUGUUAAAGUGUUCCUACGAAAGGAGAACUUGGUGCUCUCCCAAGAUGGCUGGCACGAUGCGUCACCAAGAUUGCUGAAAGCUGACUGUGCAGAGCGAGAAGACGACACAUGGGACCAAAACGUCCAUGCGGUACCUAGUUGUACGGCUGUGAUGACGCUGGCCUCGGAGUCUGUUCAUCGUAAACAGAAAGUGAGUGUUUGUCAGGAACCGGCUCAGGUAGACGCUGAGGUGGAGAUGGUUGAAAGUGAAAAAUGCCUUCAUGAUCAUACGCCGCCGGACCCCGGAAAGGACACGACAGGAGAAGACACUGAUAAAGAAAUGAAAUCAUCACCUAAAAAUGUAAAUUCAUGUGCCAGCAUCAAUCAAACACAUGUUGAUUCCGACAUUAAAAACAGUGUAGACUGCCAGGACACAGCAGGAGAAGAAAGGACAGUCACCGCUAACAAAAAGAUACGCCUCUCCUGUCCGUUUAUUCACAAAUAUCUGCAAGAACCCCCCUUGAGCACCAGGAAAGUAUUUAUACAGCCGCAUUCAAAACGCAAGAUCUCACUCCAUAAUGGAUCCAUACAGGAAACCCACAGAACUUCUGCUCCUGCUGUCUGCUCGAAGAUCUCUAAACUAUCUAAAGAGUGUGGCUCACUUGACAAGUUCAGAAGAAUUUAUGGCAAAUCUGCUGAACCACAUUUCCCCUCAGUGGACACUCCAACCCACACUGGAUUACAUCAGACAAACUUUGUAGUGCAUCAGCACAAGGAGCCACUGCAGAAUGAUGUUAAAGAGGGAGAAGAAGGAAUCACACCAACACACUCGGGAUACACCAAGCUAAAAAAUCUCUCAGGUCAAAAUAAAGUCAAACAAUCUUUAGCAAGUAAACUCAACCAUCUAAAACAACACAUGGAAGAAGAUCCAGAAGUACCGCCUAGUUGUGUUUCUCCGGACAAUCCCAGUCUCAUUAGUCAUGAGUGCUUACAAGGCGGCAAUAAGAACAUCUAUGAGACCGCGCCUGAGGAACGGCCGACCACGACAUCUACAGACUGGCUCCAUCACUACGAUACGGGCACGGGAAAAACUGCGUACAUCAAUAAAGUGACCGGGCUCAGCACAUACGAGGAACCACCAAUGGAGGAAACGCAGACCCGCUGCACAUCUGAUGUCACCAACAUGGCCGUCAGUGUUGUCUCUGAAACAGGGAUGGAGUACAGGUGUUACCCCUUUCAGGCGGAGCUUGUGCUGCCGUUCCUGCCUAAAGCCAGAGGUGAAAGAGUGCUUAGUUCAGGGACCGAUGACGCAGUCCCAGCUGUCAAUGUCGACACCUGUGACUCGCUCUCCUCUUUGUACUCAAAGUGGAACAACCCUGUGUUUGUGCGUCCUCCUGAGGUCGGUGUGGACAUCUCAAGUGUGCAGGCUGGCGGGCUAUCUGUAAAGAUCCACAACAUCCUCUUUCCGUAUCGCUUCUCGAAGACCAUGAUACACUCAAUGAAGGUGAUAAACCAAGUUGACAACAAGUUUCUUGCGUGUAUCAUCAAUACAAGUGAUGACAGCGAAGGGAAUCUUUUAGUGAUGUUGGAUCAACACGCUGCUCACGAGAGAGUGCGUCUUGAAAACCUAAUAGCAGAUGCCUUUGAAGAAGAUCCAAAUGCACCCGGUGAGAGACGUCUGUGCGCUUCCACUGUUUUACCACCUCUUCGCAUCUGUGUGACGGAAGAGGAAGAGAGGCUGCUGAGGUCUUGUCAGGCUCAUUUGCGUCACUUGGGGCUGGAAAUGACUUUCACACAGUCGGAGGAUUCCCAAGUGCUUAUAAGCAAGGUGCCCGUGUGUUUCUUGGAGAAAGAAAAUACUGAGCUACGGCGGAGGAGGCCAUCUGUUAUCAAACGUGUCGUUGAGGAUUACCUUGAAGAGCAGAUGGAGUUACUCCGCUCCACCGGCAGAGUGAGAGGAACCCUCCCGCUCACUGUGCUGAAAGUCCUUGCCUCGCUAGCAUGCCACGGCGCCAUCAAAUUCAACAACCGCCUGAACCGAGAGGAGUGCCACAGCUUGGUAGCCUCCUUGUCUUCCUGCCAGCUGCCCUUCCAGUGUGCCCAUGGCCGUCCAUCCAUCGCUCCCCUCGUCGACGUCCUUCAUUUGGACCCAAACCAGAAUGACCUUCAGAAACCCAACCUGGGAAAGUUAAGAAGGAUGUACAAAGCAUGGAAACUGUAUGGGAAGAGAUGAACAUCAUAAAAAUCCUUCAUGAAAUAUAUAUAUUUUUUAGAACUACCUAAAUUGACAACAUUGUAAAAUUCCCUUUCU